AUGUCCCCCAAGAAAACAAAGACCCAAAGCCAGAAACAGGCUGGAAAUGGGCGUCAGCAAUUAUGGUUCUUUCUGAAUGAAGGAAUGAACAGAAAUUCUUUCACCCAAGGCGCUUAUACCUUUGAAGAGGUCAAAAAGCAUACCAUGAGUCUCCAAACCUGCAUUAAGCUAAGUGGAGGCAAGGGAACCGUCGAGGAACAUUCUUUUUACAUUCAUUCCGACAGUAUGAGUUCCGCAGUGCAAAUGCUUAAUGACGAAAGUAUCAUUGCUACAUACAAUCUUUACUGCACGAAAGAUAAUGUGGUAACUGUGAUAGUUCGAAAAGCUACUGAGCCAUCCCCAAAUUCUUCCCGCACUCCUUCCCACGCAAACUCUCGUUCCUCGCGACGAAGUUUGUCCGCAAGUCAUGGAAUUUCUGUGCCCGAAGUACUUAUCCAGCCAAAAAUACGACACAGAUCGGAGAGUACUGAUAUGGAGACUAUGGAGAAGAUUGAGGACGAACGAAACAUGGUGUCGAUGGUCUCUAACGAGAACGUAAUGACUUUCACAAAGGAUUACUUGCUGGGUUGGAUCGAAUCCCAGCUUACGGACUUGAAAAAUCCAACUGAAGUUACUGUCCAUUCUAUUGGACCUAGUGGAAUCUCGCAGCCUGUUCAGCUUACCGCGGAUAUUUGGCAGAGAAACUUACUCCGAGGACCAUGGAAAGAACCAUUCAUUAGGAUUUGGGACGAUUUCAUUCGGGCUGAGUCCAAGAAAGAAGAAAUGCUUUCCGAAAUCAUGACCAAUAACCCACGGUUUCACCAAGGUUGCCUGGAGUUUAUUUAUGACCUCCGAAACUAUGGUAACAAUAAGGGUUCACGAGCUCGUUUAGAAGGAAACGGUCACAAGUUUUACAUCGGGGCUCCAUACUUUGAUGAUGCCACGAGAGACAGGAUUCUCCAGCUCCCAAACUAUUGUGGUACUCUCCAGCUUGCCCUGGAGGAUUUGGAAAGAAAGAGAUCUGGGAGCUCGAUCUGCGCUUCGCAUGACCUAUCGCCUAUUUUCGAGUCCGCUCUGGGUGUUUCUUAG